AUGUUUGCUGGUCACAGUGCCUCCCGACGCUUGGCAAAAGCGUGCACACGACAUCCUUUUGUCACCAAGCAAAAGAGGCACAUGCAUGUGUCCAGUUGCGCCUCCGCACCACGCUCUCCUAUUCGAUCGCCAGCUGCUAGGGCGAGUGUAAGCACCAAGCGCUUGGACGAGGCAAGGAGCACGGUCGAUCGCUCUGACAUCGGCCCCAGGAGACCUCUCUGCACAAGUACCUCUUGGCUGCAGCGUGCAGAGUCAGCGCAGAAGCCGGCGGAUAGGCAAAAUGUGAAGCGAAAAGAUGAGGCGAAGCAAGAGCAGGACACUGGAUCACAGACACAGACACAGGGGGAAGCUGAGAGUUCAACCUCGUCAGGUGUGAGGAUCACUGACAGAAGAGAUCCAUCCAUGGCAAGCUAUCGGGAGAGCGGCAAGUCGAGCGCGGCGGAAGCGGCAGGGAGCGAGUCUGGACAGGCGCCGCAGUCCUCAAAUGUCAGCGCAGGGAACGCGCAGAGCUCCAGUGCGGGGCCUGCGCCCAUGUCGACACCCGCCCCGGACAGCCUGCUCAGCACGGAAGAGCUGCUCAAGAGAAGGAUGAGGAUGGCGCAAGAAAGACUAGAAAGACAUCCCGCCUCUUCUCCUGCCCCUGCUCCUACGACUUCUAGUACCGCAGCGCAAACGUCGCCAUCUGCAGCCCAAGCAUCUCCAAGCAUCUCCGCUGUACCCCCUCAGCAAAGCCAGAGCCAAGGGUCGAAGGAGGCUUUUUCAUCAAUACCCGCAGUAGACGGCGUUAUGCUCAACAGGACUGAUCAUUCUUCCAGUCGUGGCGCCGAGUCGAGCUCGUUCAAAGCAGGCGAAUCCGUCGGCUCACCUUUCUCGUCUGCUCUGUCCGACGUCGCCAAGUCAAGCGGGCUCAAGGCAGGCUCGAGGUCUGAUGCUGGCUCAACGAAGACACAAGGCGAAGGAGCGAAUGAGGAUACAGUUGCAGGUCUCGGAAUGGGAGUGGGCAUGUCUUCGGGCGGAUCGAGGAUAUUUAGGACGGGAGGCGCGAGCGGGACCUCUCGCGAUGGUCAAUCUAGCGGGACUUCCCUCGGCAAAUCAGCGGCAGCAGGUCAAGCCGGUCAAUCCAUCAACGAGAAGGGCUCAGAGUUGAAUAGCUCACGAGCGAACGACGAGGAAAGACCGGUCGCAUUGGAUCCUCACGAACCUCGAACUCUCGUGCAUCCUUUCGAUAGCCAUGCGUUCGUGCAGAGAUUGAUGAGUGCAGGGUGGGUCAAGCGUCGUUCGUCCAUGUCAGAUCCUCAUCCGGCAUCAGACAGCUUGGAUCACGCAUCAAGUGCUCAAGGUCUGGAACAGGCUUUGUCAGAGGGGGAAAGACAGCAAUUGCCUUCGAAUGAAGUUCAAAGGCCUCAUGAUCCGGCGGAAGCCAUCAUGGAAGCUACCCGGUUUCUCCUCAGUUCUCGAAGCGAAGUGGUGCUGAGGAGGAACCUGAACAAGACCAUGGUUGAAAAUGUGAGUCGGAGUUGGAUCACACGGGCCCGGCAUGGAAAAGAGAGCGGAGACGCGAUGGCUGCGACAGGCAGAGCAGGGUAUUUGAAAUACACGGAGUAAUCAAACAUCGUUCUUGUUUCCUUAAAAGAGGGAUUGACAAUGAUUUGUUUUUCUUCCCCGUUACUCGGAAAGGAAGCGUACUUGUUCAACGCUGCGCUGGCUGAGCUGCGGACGGAGCUGCAAGUCAGGGCUCGAUCGGACGCUGCUGCUUUACGAAGCAUCACCACGCUACUGCAACGAGAAGUGGAUGGCCUUUCCCAGCGCAUGACAGAAGAGAUCAACACGCUGAAACACGAGUGAGCGCGCACUUUACUCGCUGCCGUCUACGCCCCGAAUCACGCCCAUGACUGAUUGACCUGACGUUCUUUUUCAGCAUUGCGGUGGAUAUGAACAACAGGAAAUCCGAAUCGCAACAGGAUACGAAUGCGCUAGAGCAAGAGAUUCAGGAUCUGCAAAACAGAUUCACCAUCUCCUUGGGAGAUCUGAGGGUGGAAAUCGAAGAGAGUAUACGAUGGGGAGCUACGAGACGAGCCUUGGGUGAGCUGCCCGCUGAAUGUUUGACGCACUUUAGCUCCGAGCGAUAAGCACAGAGAAGCCGGAGAAUGGUUGCUGACGAGACGUCACUCUUCACCUCGACAGGUUUGGCAUUUGGCAUAGCCCUCAUCGUCAUAUCCACCAUCUUCCUAGCCGACUAUUUUGCGCCCGUCAAUUCGGAGUCGGACGAGAAUGCCUACGAAGCGCGCAGCUCUUCUUCGAGCGGUGGUGGGAGUAGGAGCAGCAGCAGCAGCAGCAGCGGGCACAAUGCGGGCGCAAGUAGACAGAGCUCGGCAAAUGUGGCGAAUGGCGCGGCUGGACAGAACAGGGAAUUGAGUCUUAG